AUGAAUGGAAAAGAAAUUUCUAAUUAUCCUGAAAAUUCAAAUAUAGUAUGGAAAGACAAUAAAUGUACUUUUUAUUAUAAAGUAAUAAGGGCAGGCAUAUACCCCAAAGAUAUAUUAUGUUAUACCAAAAAACCUACUUCAUACUCAAUUCCACAUGGUUAUGUAAUUCAAACAACUUGGAAUCGAAAUACUUGUACAGUUCAAUGUUCAAUAAAUUAUGUUAAUGAUAAACCUACAUAUGUAGUAAAAUUUGGUAAUAAUUUUUCCAAUCAAGUUGUUUCAAGUAAAUCUCCUUCAGAUGCGACUACAUUAUUUCAUAACCCUUUAAAAACCGCGUUUAUAACAAUGAACAAGUGUAAAAAAUAUGAUGUUUCAUUGAUAAAAGUAGGAAAACUAGAUGAAGAACUACAUUUUGGAGCAUUUGGACGUUUCUGGUGGAAGUCACGUGACAAUAUAUUAUAUCCUAUACGCUUAGAAAUGAAAACCCUUGUCACACUUAAUAAAACUCACUUUAUAAUUACUGUAGUUAAAGGAACUUCAGUUGCUGCCUUUCAACCUGGUUAUAUUUGUGAAGCAAAUGGCAUUACAAGUUCUGUUUACGAUACUCCCUCUGGUGCGAUUAACUUUUUAUACCACAUAUUAUUCAGUUCAAAAACAAGAUUUUCUGGUCCGUUAAUAUGUGGUUUUAAUGAUAAGGAAAUUAACAAACGAAUUUUGGAUGAUAUUCCUUUUCAACCAUUUACAAUAAUGGUCGGUAAUUUACAAAUAUUUAUUGGAAUGAUUGGAGUUUCAGAUCAGGAGAAUUUGGGAUAUGUAGGUCCGGGAUAUUUGUCUUCUUUCAUUUAUAGAGUUGGUGAAGAAAAAAUUCGAACAUUAUUUGUACAGCAAAUUCAUCAGCGACAUUGUUCUGUGGCUUUAUACCAAGAUGAGCGAAUUAAAUUAAAAUAUAGCGGAAAAAAUCCAGUUGAAGUCUGGAAAGAAGUUUGGAAAAAAAUUGAAGUGCUACAAAAUUGGGAUGGAAAAACUUUAUUUGGUAUUAAUCAUGAAAAGACUCAAAAUCUAGUGAAUAUUCUUCGAACGCCUUCUUGUACAAUUAAUGAAUGGAACAAUGAAAUUAUGAUGACACAAUUAUAUAAACAACAUUUAUAUAAGUUUACCCCUGCCAGCAUCCCUUGGUAUGAAUUUUUACUUAACUGGAAAGAGUAUAAAUGCAAUAUAAUAGAACUAUAUAGCGCUCUUGAAAAUAUAUAUCCAGAAGAAUAUCAAUUUAAAGAAAGAGAAUUUCGUGCUUGGAAAGCACUACUACGUAGCGUUGGAUGUACUAAUAUUACACCAUUUGAUAAAGAUAAAUCGGAUAAGGAAUUUUGGACUAAAGCUGAAAAUCCAAUUGAUGAUAAGCAUGUUCUUAUCUAUUUGUAUGAGAAUAAUUUUCUUGAUAUGUCUCUCCCAGAUGACAAUCCUAAUCCUAUUGUGAAUAAAUUUUGGUCUUGUUUUAACGAAUCUUUAAAAGUUAACAAAAAAGGGAUUGAUGGAAAAAGAAGAAUUCUAUCAAUAAUUGCGGAUGAUUUUUCAUAUGAAGAAAUUAGGACAAACUUACUGGUCGCUCCUACUACAAUUUUUGAUGCUCGCAAAUAUGCUAGAUUAAAUGGUCCAGGCGCUAAGCAAAUUGAGAAACCUAUAAGAACAGUAGCUAAAUUAUCGCAAGAAAAACUGGAACAAUUUAGCAUUUUUUUUGAAGACAAAGCAAACGUUAUUAUGUCAUCUUACAAAUCAGAUGCCAAAACUCAAUUACCUGUUCUUUAUCUAAAAAACACAAAAAAAGCACUUUGGGAGAAAUUUCAGGAAACAUAUCCAAAUGGUUUAAAAAGAACGACCUUUUAUUGUCAGUUGGAAGGAAAUCGCUACCAAUAUCGUGAAGAUAUGGGAGGACUUUGUGCAAUUUGUAAUACUUAUGGUUACGAAGUAUUUGGAUAUUUGAAAAACCUAAUUCAAAAAGAAGUUAGUUUGAUGGAAAUUCAGAAUAAUUUCAUUCAACGCGCUGAGAACUUACAACGUUACCUUAAAAAAUCAUAUGAACAAAAGUUCACAAUAUCAGAAAAUGGUACAACCAGA